AUGCCUCCCAAGAAAAUCCCAUCUCCUCCCACUCGAGUUUCAACUCGAAAACCCUCUUCCCCAAAGAAGUCUCAGGUCGAGGCAAACACCUCUAAAGUCAUGAAAGCUCUCGCACCGAAAAAGGCCGGUGUCGCAAAAAAUGUCGCACCUCAAAAGAAAGUCUCUCCUGUCGCAAAGAAGACAGCCAAAGCACAACCAGAUGUAGCCAAGAAGCCUACGACUGCCACUAAAUCUACCACCGUUAAGAAGACGACUAUCACCAAAGCUGCCAUGGCAAAAAAAGUUGCUGCAGCCAAAGCCGCUCCAGCUAAACCUGCUGCCCCAAAAUCUAACAAGCGCAAAUCCACCGAAGAUGUCGAUGAACCUGCUGCCAAACCCUCGAAGAAGGCUAAAGUCAUCAAACCUACUGUAGUCAAAAAGCUUGCUGUCAAAGCAGCUGACAAACCUACUCCUGCAGCUAAAAAGCCAAAGGCCUCUCCAAAGCCCAAGGCUCCAAAGGUCGUCAAACCAAAAAUUGUCAAGCCCAAGGUUGAGAAGCCAAAGACCAUCAUCAACGUCGCUCCUACUCAACUCUUGGACAUAUAUGUUUUCGGUUGCAAUGAAGCUGGCGAACUUGGCCUUGGCCUUCAAACUAAAAAGGACACCAUUAAUCGUCCAGUUAAGAACCCUGCCCUUACCGCUCUUGGUGUGGUUCAAAUGGUUGCUGGAGGUAUGCACGGAGCUGCUCUUACCAAGGAUAACAAAAUCCUUACAUGGGGUGUAAGUGAUGGACUCGCAUUGGGCAGAAAAACCGAUGACUGGGUUGCGCCAGAGAGGGAUGCCGAUGCAGAUUCGGAUGAUGAAUCAGACGCUGCAGAUGCACGAAACCCAUUGGAAUCCACCCCGGGUGAAGUUGACAUGACCAAUGUACCAGAAGGUACUAUCUUUACCCAAAUCACAGCAGGGGAUAACGCGACAUAUGCUCUCACCAAUGAUGGACUGGUCUAUGGUUGGGGAUCUAUUAGAGGCGCUGAUGGUCCAAUGGGUUUUACUAAGGAUGUCAAAGAGACCUUGGUUCCAAUGCUCAUUCCUGGUUUGAAAAACAUUGUCAAGCUCGCUGCUGGUAAUAACCAUUAUCUUGCCCUUAACAACAAGGGCUCUGUUUUUGCAUGGGGUGCUGGUGAGCAUAAUCAACUUGGUCGAAGAAUUGUUGAACGUUCAAGGUUGAAUGCUCUUGUUCCUCGCGAAUUUGGUCUACCAAAGGCCAUGGUUGAUAUUUUCUGUGGAUCCGAACAUAGUUUCGCUCUUCAUAAGAAUGGCACUGUUUACUCUUGGGGAGCAAACAACAUGGGUCAAUGUGGUCAAUUCACCAAAGAUGGUGCUUUGGCUGAAGAAGUUACUUCAACCGCCACCAAAGUUGAUAUUCUCAAAGGCAAAAAUAUCAAGAUGAUGGCUGCAGGAAAUGCAUCCAGCUUAGCGCUCACCCAUGAAGGUGAGGUUAUGUAUUUCGGCAAAGCCUUGGAUGGCCUUUCUGGUCAUGACGUCGAGGCACUUCCAGAGGAUGUCAUCAUCAGAAAUGAGCGUGAUCAAAGAUCAAUCAUUAAAACACCACUCUCCUUCCCGUUCAAGGGAUCAUACAUUGCUAUGGGCAGUGAUCAUAGCAUCGUCCUUGGUCCAGAGGGCAAAAGUCCUCAUCAUUCUUGGGGAUUCAAUACAUACAGACAAACUGGGUUGGAAAACGAUCAAGAUGUUUACAUUGCGGAAGAGCUUAACAACAAGAAUAUCGAGGGGAAGAAGCUUGUCUGGGCAGCUGGCGGCGGUCAGUUCACCUUCUUGGCGGGCAUUCCCGAGAAUUAA